AACCAUAUAUGUACAAAAUAAACAGAAACAAUUAUUGAUAGAUGGAAGAGGAAGUUGGCCAAGUUGUGCUUUUAGGGCUAUGGGGAAGCGGCCGGUGCACAAGGGUUGCAUUAGCCCUUAAACUUAAGGGCAUACCCUACAAGUAUGUGGAGGAAGAUUUAACAAACAAAAGUGAAUUACUGCUGAAGAGCAAUCCGGUGCAUCAAAAAGUUCCAGUGCUCUUACAUAAUGGCAAGGCAAUAGCUGAGUCACUUGUUAUCUUAGAAUAUAUCGAAGAGACUUGGAAUCACACUCCCAAACUCUUGCCUCAUGAUCCUUAUCAAAGAGCCAAGGUUCGCUUCUGGGUUAAUUACUUUGAUCAAAAAAUUGCUUCAGCCUCAUACACCAUCUUCUUAUCAAAGGGGGAAGAGAGAGAGAAAGAAAUUGAAAAGAUGAGUGAAAUUAUUAGAGUUUUUAUUGAAGGAGUGAAGAGAGAUUUAGGUGACAACUUCCCUUAUAGCAAGGGCAAGUCCUUAGGACUCUUGGACAUUGUGGUGGGAACACAAGCUUGCAACUACAAAGCUGCUCAUGAAGCCUUGAAAAUGGAAGUGAUUCAUCCCCAUACGAAUUCAGAGUUCUUGUCAUGGGUUGAUGCCCUCAAAGAACAUCCUACAAUGAAGGAGACCCUUCCUCCUCAUGACAAGUUGGUGGCCAACUUGAUAGAGAAAUUUGGUCCUCUCAAUUAGAUCUUGUUUUAAUAACAAAAUUACUAUACUAUAUAAAGAAUAUAAAUAUAGUGCUUUUGUGUUCCCUUUUGCAUAUUCUCAUACUUGAUGUUUUGUUGUAAAAUAAAAAUAUGUAUUAGCAAUUGCUACUUUAUAUUCAUGAGAGUUGCUCCUGCAACAAAAUAAAAACUUGAUUUGCUCAUUGUAUGAUAUGUCUGCUUUUAUUUUGGAAUGGAUAAAGUUUGAUUGAAUCGCC